AACAAUGCAUCACAUAAAUAUGACACUCUCAGCUGAUUGCUUUCAAUUUUGACAUUUACAUUUCUUGGCUUUCAGUCGCCAUCUUGUAUGUUUAUUACGUAAAAACUCUUUAAAACAAUAUAGAAGAAAUAAACAAUUUCGAGAUGUUGCGAACUGCGAUUUUACCAGCCAAAGAUGUCCUAAAUACCCCAAAUCUUCUGAGAGCAAUCACCGGAACAUUUGGCAAUGUACAACAACGAGACCAGUCUACUACUCAAGUCAGAGAACAGUCAACACAGAAUGCCCGUGCUGUUACUAAAACCCAGCCUUAUUCACCAUUUCAAAACACUAGUAAUGCAGCUGAAUUUGCUUUAGCCAGACUUGAUGACCUGUUGAAUUGGGGUCGAAAAGGUUCUCUGUGGCCACUUACUUUUGGCCUGGCAUGUUGUGCUGUUGAGAUGAUGCACAUUGCCGCCCCUAGAUAUGAUAUGGACAGAUAUGGUGUUGUGUUCAGGGCAUCACCUCGUCAAGCUGAUUGUAUCAUUGUCGCUGGUACAUUAACAAAUAAGAUGGCACCUGCUUUUAGGAAGGUCUAUGAUCAGAUGCCGGAACCCAGAUGGGUUAUUUCUAUGGGUAGUUGUGCAAAUGGAGGGGGAUAUUAUCACUAUUCAUACAGUGUUGUAAGAGGCUGUGAUCGUAUCGUACCAGUAGACAUAUACGUACCAGGUUGUCCCCCAACCGCAGAAGCUCUGAUGUAUGGAAUCCUUCAACUCCAGAAGAAAAUCAAGAGAUACAACACCAUUCAGAUGUGGUACCGUAAAUAAAUUUUGUUGGCGCAGCCGCUGGCAAUAUUAAGGAGCAAGUUGUGUAAAUAUUAUUUCAAGUUAUUUAAGAA